AUGGAUUCCUCAAACCCCAAGGUUCCCCCAAAUCCCAAGGCUGCUCAAGAUUCCAAGGGUUUUCCAAAUGCCAAAGCUUCCCAAAGUCCCAAGAUCUCAAAGAGGAUCCUGUCAAGGAAAAGUGACUCGUCACUGGGUCGCGCAGCGACGGUGGCCAGUGAAUCUGGGAUUAAGACUGAGCCUGAGUCGGAUGGGAGAGGCUUGGAUACCAAAAUAGACGCAAGAUAUGCUAAUUGCGCCAAUUGUGAGUAUCAAAAAAAAUCAUUUCUCUUGGGAGCUCGGAAUCUACCUAACAGAGUCACAGUUAAAAAACAUGGCCUGAAGAGGAAGCGGGAAGCUUCCGAAUUUGUCAUUAAGAUGAUGAGUUCCAGAAAAAAUCAGCUCGACGAGAUUGAUAAGGAGAUGACGGCGGCCAAAGCUCGAAGAGUACAAAUCGAAAAAGACCAACAAAAAUCAGGGCAAAAGCUUCAAGAAGCUAAGACGAAGGUGGAAGAAAUACAAAAGGCGCAUCUCAAUUACCCAUUCCGAAUGAAAGAGGCACAGAUGGAAAUCGAAGCAAUCAAAAAACGGAGGGAUGAUCUGCUGGAUUCGGUGGACUCGUCCACCUUCACCGGGAUUCUUGGAGCUUCUGAGGAGGUUUGA